AUGAGCUCCUCGACCCCCGACCUCAAGAACUGCUUCAUCCUCAACAACGCCACGCUCCCUGAUGGCUACUGUACCGACUUUGACGGCUACUAUGUCCACGCCGACAUCGUCUCCAACAUCACCCAGACCAACAUCAUGAACCUCUCGCUGCCGUCGCCCGAGGCUCAGAUGGUCGCCGCCAUCUCGAUGAUGGAGGAUCCCAAUGGCCCGUACUGGACUGGCUCCAAUUCCGCCAUGUUCCUGGCCUUCCAGAAUGUCUGCCAGAACCCGUCCGCCAGCUACGAUGCCACCAAGUUCGCCUCGCGCAUCCGCUACUUCCGCGACCACGUUUGCCACACCAUUGUGCGACGCAGCAGCGCGGCCAGCUACUGCGGCCCCUCGCCCAACAAGACCCUCGACAGCUGCAAUAAGGUCGCCACGUUCGCCCUCCGCGAUUCGUUCCCCAGAAGCGCCCGCUAUGUCGAUGCCUCCUGCCGCAACAUCACCCUCACCGGACGACAGUCGCCUGUCGACGGCAUUCCCGGCAUCGGCGACAUCUUCACCAUCGGCUCCGACAAGACGCUGUGCCAGGGCAACCCCAACAACACGGCCCUCUACAACGACAGCUGCGGCUUCAUGCAAUACGUCCAGACGGCGACCUACUACGUUCCUUCGCUUGUCCGUUCCGUCGUCGUCUUCGACGUUCCCGACGUUGCCGCGUCCCACGAUCUCUGCAAUCCCGACUACAACAGUGCUUCCGCGAUCUACGGUGCCGGCUCGGAUUCAACUCAGACCCGCGGUUGGUGCUGCACGCCCUACACCAACGCAAUCCAGGCCGCAAAGCAGAAUGCCACCUCGGCGCAGAUCAAGAGCUUCCAGACCACGCAAAUCAUCAUCGGCGUCAGUGUCUCGAUCGCCAUCAUCAUGAUCGGCGUCAUGGUCACGCUCCUGUACCGCCGAUACCGACACUCGCGCUCGAAGCUGACCCAGGUCGAGAAGCAAAAGACAACCGUCGAACAGCACCUCGUCGAGACGAUCAACAAGCCCGCUCCGACGGCGUUUUCGAAGAAGUGGGUCGUCGACAAGCCGUACACUGCUGUCCGCGGCGACGAAAUCGAUCUGUCCGUGGGCGACAUGGUCGUGCUGCUCAGUAUCUUCAACGACGGAUGGGGACAUGGCCACAACGAGACCACCGACUGCGUCGGCACCCUGCCCCUCUCCGCGCUGCGCACCAUCGACUCGCCCGCCAUCUCUGGAUACACAUCGCAGCACUCGCCGACCGAAAUCUCGGGCCGCACCUCGAUCACCACCAGCUCGCCGCCUCCUACGCUGUAG